CUGAAGCGCCAUUUUGCGUUGCCGUCGCUACGUCGUAGAACUUAGGUAAUUGGAGGCGGUGGCAGGAGAUAGUCGGGGCUCGUUCUCUUGGAUUCCCGCUUGUCCGGCCACCUGCCGCCUUAGAUACGCGCCAGCAUGAGCGACGUGGAGGAGAAUAACUUCGAGGGGAGGGCAUCACGCUCCCAGUCAAAAUCUCCAGCUGGGAGUCCUGCUCGUGCAAAAUCUGAGAGCAGGUCAGGAUCUCGUAGCCCAUCAAGAGCUUCUAAACAUUCUGAAUCACACUCUCGAUCAAGAUCAAAAUCCAGAUCUAGAUCCAGAAGACAUUCUCAUAGGCGAUACACUCGCUCUAGAUCCCAUUCUCACAGGCGGCGAUCACGAAGUAAAUCAUAUACCCCAGAAUAUCGGCGUCGAAGGAGCCGAAGCCACUCUCCUAUGUCUAACCGAAGAAGGCACACUGGCAGCAGAGUAUGUAGUGCUAAUCCAGAUCCUAAUACGUGUCUUGGAGUGUUUGGCCUCAGUUUAUAUACUACUGAGAGAGAUCUUCGAGAAGUCUUUUCCCGUUAUGGGCCAUUGAGUGGAGUCAACGUGGUGUACGAUCAACGAACUGGGCGAUCAAGAGGAUUUGCAUUUGUUUACUUUGAAAGAAUAGACGAUUCUAAAGAGGCAAUGGAACAUGCAAAUGGAAUGGAACUGGAUGGUAGAAGAAUCAGAGUAGAUUACUCUAUCACAAAGAGAGCACACACACCCACCCCAGGCAUCUAUAUGGGCAGACCAACUCACAGUGGAGGCGGAGGAGGAGGUGGAGGGGGAGGAGGAGGAGGAGGAGGAGGAACUGGCCGUCGCCGUGAUUCUUAUUAUGACAGAGGAUACGACAGAGGAUAUGACAGAUAUGAAGAAUAUGAUUAUCGCUACAGGAGGCGAUCACCUUCACCAUAUUAUAGUCGUUACAGAUCAAGAUCAAGAUCUCGUUCCUACAGUCCAAGACGUUAUUAAGAAGAGAAGUUAGUUACAGAGCAAAUACCAUUUUUCAACAGCAUGUUCCGAUCCUAGCUUUUCCUGUCGGUUCCCUGCCAUUAUCCUGUAUCCAAUUAAAAUGUUCCUGGUUAAGAUGUAUUUUCUUUUGAAAUACCCAUUUUCAUCUCUUCUUACUGUAAUAUUCCAGGUGUAAUUGUUGUAGUUUUAUGUACUUAAAUAUCUUUAAACAAAAAUUAAUGGGAAUCUAAGAGUGGUAAAAUAUUUUGUAAUUCAUGCAUUUGUUUUUCAAACAAGUGGAUUUUUGUUGACUCUCAUGGAGAAAGAACUGAUAUGUGCUAAUGCUUGCAUGUCAUAUUUUCAAUAAAAAAAACUCUCAUCUUUAUGGUUUAAAAAAAUCCUCUUGUCCAGUUUGUUUCAUUUUAACACAAUUUUGGUAUGUAAUCUGAAGCCAGAAUUUUCCUGUAUUUUCAGUUUAAUAAUUAAAACAAUAUUGGACUGGAAUCCCUCCGAGGCGAGAAGAAAAACUUCUACCCGACACACUUACUUUAAUGGGCUUUUGUAAAAUAAUCCCAGUGCUGCUGACAGGAAAAUAAAAUUUGUUUUAAAUACCAGGCUGACCCGCAAAGUAUUCCUCCUAUUUUUAUUAUCCCAUAAUCAGGAUAAGCCUAACUGACUGAAUAAGAAAUAUUUGAUUUGUUCACACACCUCUGUAUGAAACAGAAAUUAAGAUGAAGCAGGUUCUAUUUAGUAGUAGUAUCUGAAAUUGUAAUUAUUUGACUUCUCAAAAUAAAUUUAAAUUGUACAAAU